AAAGGACAUUAGGAAGACAUACUUCCAGUCACAGUGGUUUAAAGCUGAUUUCUACACCACUUCACAUACGAGUCUCUCAAUCUGCCACUGUAAAUGUGAAGUAAGUAUAUUAUCAAACACGUUUAUAAUGGGAAACACAUUUGCAUACUCGUACCCCCACCCCUCACUCUGACAGCUUAUAUUACAACUAUAAGAAGAGCUUUUCUAUUGUCCUGGUUGUUGUCCACAUUCGGGAUUAUGGUAGGUCCAGUGAUGGGGAGUCUUUGCUGGAUCAGUGCUGGGCAGAGGUCUGGAGGCUGGAAGACUCAAUGUACCUGAAGAUGUCAUCAUACCUGGGGUUGAACAUCUACGUAAGAUGCCCUUCCAUGCUGAGUUCGAUCUGAAAACCCAUCUGAUGAGGCCCUAUCCAGGACGCAACGUCCUUCAGGAGAGUCACAUUUUUAGCUACAGAAUUCCUUGAAAUGUCGUGGGAAAUGUCUCCGGCAUCCAAGCAUCCAGGUGGCGGAUCUUCCAGAGAAGGAUCUACCCCUCCCGAAAAAAAAUGGAUGCCAUUGUGCUGUCAGCCUGCAUUUGCACAACUUUCUCCUCAAACACACACAGAAUCGGAGAUGGUCUGAUGAGCGGGACGGGAAACAACUGGAAGACGUGGAGAGGAUGGGGGGGCAACAGAGGUGUCAGCUCUGCCAUGAAUCAGUGUGAGGAGACAGAGGAAGGAGUCCUACCCCAUAAAACCAUUCAGUGUGGGGAAGCAGACAGCCUUACCGAACCUCAGAGGCCACAGCAGGAGCAGCAUGGAGAAGAUGCUUCUGAACCAGGACCCAGCUGUGUGUCCUUGAAGAGUGACUUUUCGAAGGAGGAUGUUAUUAACUUCCCUAAAUUUCUAGAGAAGAUGUCUGAGGUUGACAGCAUUCCGUCUGCCCAGGAGCCUCCCAAACAACUGGAAUCAGUAUUUUCGCUGCUUGAGGAGAAAAUUGUCACUUAUGUCAAGAAUGAACUGAAGUGGCACCAGAAGGUUCUGAGUUCAGAUCCACAAAGCUCAGAGACGCAGAGGGAGGAAGCAGAUGGUGGCAGCAGAGAGGCAUUUCUGAAGAUCUUGUUGCACUUCCUGAAGAGUAUGAAGGAGGAGGAGCUGGCUAACUGUCUGCAGAGCAGAGGUCUUGCUGCACAUUGCCAGCGUGAACUGAAAUCUAAUCUGAAAAAAAAGUUCAACUGUUUGUUUGAGGGGACUGCUAAAAGUGGAAACCCAACUCCUCUGAAUCAGAUCUACACAGAGCUCUACAUCACAGAGGGAGUGGGUGGAGGGGUCAAUGAUGAACAUGAGGUCAGACAGAUUGAAAAAGCAUCCAGGACACCAAUCAAAACAGAAACGACAAUCAGAUGUGAAGACAUAUUUAAACCCUCACCUGGGAGAGAUCAACCAGUCAGAACAGUGAUGAUGAAGGGAGUGGCUGGCAUUGGCAAAACAGUCUUAACACAGAAAUACACUCUGGACUGGGCUGAAGACAAAGCCAAUCAAGACAUACAGUUCACAUUCCCAUUCACUUUCAGAGAGCUGAAUGUGCUGAAAAACAAAGAAUACAGUUUGGUGAAACUACUUCAUGACCACUUCAAUGAAACCAAGGAGGCAGGAAUCUGCAAGUUUGAAGAGUUCAAGGUUUUGUUCAUCUUUGAUGGUCUGGAUGAGUGUCGACUUCCCCUCAACUUCCAAAACAAUGAGAUCUUGACUGAUGCUGAAGAAUUAACCUCGGUGGAUGUGCUGCUGACAAACCUCAUCAGCGGGAAACUGCUCCCCUCUGCUCACCUCUGGAUAACCACACGACCUGCAGCAGCCAAUCAGAUCCCGUCUGAGAUGAUUGACAUGGUGACAGAGGUGAGAGGCUUCACUGACCCACAGAAGGAGGAGUAUUUCAGAAAAAGAUUCAGAGAUGAGGAGCAGGCCGGCAGAAUUAUCUCCCAUAUCAAGACAUCACGAAGCCUCCACAUCAUGUGCCACAUCCCAGUAUUCUGCUGGAUCACUGCAACAGUUCUGGAGGAUGCCUUGAAAACUAAAAAGGUGGAUAUGCUGCCUCAGACCCUGACUGAGAUGUACAUCCAUCUCCUGGUGGUUCAGUCCAAACUGAAGAACAUCAAGUAUGAUGGAGGAGCUGAGACAGAUUCACACUGGAAUCCGGAGACCAAAAACAUGACCCUGUCUCUUGGAAAACUUGCUUUUGAGCAGUUGCAAAAAGGCAACGUGACCUUCUAUGAAUCAGACCUGACAGAGUGUGGCAUCGAUGUCAGAGCGGCCUCCGUGUUCUCAGGGGUGUUCACACAGAUCUUUAAAGAGGUGAACGGGUUUGGCCAGGAAAAGAGCUUUUGCUUUGUUCAUUUGAGUGUUCAGGAGUUUCUGGCUGCUCUUUACGUCCAUCUGAUGUUCAUCAACUCUGGAGUCAAUCUUCUGUCAGAGGAACAACUGAUCUUCCAGAAGUCAACAGAAGAAAAAUCAACAAUUGAAGCAAAAUUUGCAGUGGCACACUUCUACCAGAGUGCAGUGGACAAGGCCUUACAGAACUCAAAUGGACACCUGGACUUGUUCCUCCGCUUCCUCCUGGGCCUUUCACUAGAAACAAAUCAGAUUCUCCUAAGAGGCUUGCAGACACAGACAGGAAGUAUCUCACAGAUCAAGCAGGAAACAGUCAGAUACAUCAAGAGGAAGAUAGAGGCGAGUGCCUCAACAGAGAGGAGCAUCAAUCUGUUCCACUGUCUGAAGGAGCUAAAUGACCAAUCUCUAUUGGAGGAGAUCCAGGGGUUCCUCAGUUCAGGAAGAAUCUCCAGUGGGAAUCUCUCUCCUGCUCAGUGGUCAGCUCUGGUCUUCAUCUUACUGACAUCAGAAAAAGAGCUGGAUGUGUUUGACCUUUGCAAAUACUCUGCUUCUGAAGGGGCUCUUCUGAGGCUGCUGCCACUGGUCAAAGCCUCCAAGAAAGCUCUGCUGAGUGGCUGUAACCUCUCAGAGAGAAGCUGUGAAGCUUUGUCCUCAGUUCUCAGCUCACAGUCUUCUAGUCUGAGAGUCCUGGACCUGAGCAACAACAACCUGCAGGAUUCAGGAGUGACGCUUCUCUCUGCUGGACUGAAGAGUCCUCAUUGUACACUGGAAACUCUCAGGCUGAGAGUGUGUAACCUCUCAGAGAGAAGCUGUGAAGCUCUGUCCUCAGUUCUCAGCUCACAGUCUUCUAGUCUGAGAGUCCUGGACCUGAGCAACAACGACCUGAAGGAUUCAGGAGUGAGGCAUCUCUCUGAUGGACUGAAGAGUACUCAUUGUAAAGUGGAAAUGCUUGGGCUGUCAGGUUGCAUGAUCACAGAGAAAGGCUGUGCCUCUAUAGCCUCAGCUCUGAGUUCCAACCCCUCCCAUCUGAGAGAGCUCGACCUGAGCUACAAUCAUCCAGGAGAGACAGAAGAGAUGCUGCUGUCUGCUGGACUGGAGGAUCCACACUGGAGACUGAACACUCUUAGGUUGGAGCCUCGCGGAGUCCGAUGGUUGACACCAGGUCUGAGGAAGUAUUUCUGUGAACUUACUCUGGACCCAAACACAGCAAACAGAAACCUCAUACUGUCUGACAACAACAGAAAGGUGACAUGGGUCUUAAUUGACCAGUCAUACUCUGAUCACCCAGAGAGAUUUGACUACUGCUGUCAGCUGUUGUGUACGAAUGGUCUGACUGGCCGCUCUUACUGGGAGGUUGAGUGGGAGGGAGAGGAUCUUAUAUCAGUGAGUUACAGUGGUAUCAGAAGGAAAGGAGGCGUAGCCGACAGCAGGUUUGGAGGAAAUGAUCAGUCCUGGAGUCUGUGCUGCUCUGCUGGUGGUUACUCUGUCUGGCACAACAACAUAGAAAUUGUCCUGCCCUUCUCUUCCUCCUCUGACUCUAACAGAGUAUCGGUGUAUGUGGACUAUCCUGCUGGCACUUUGUCCUUCUACAAGGUCUCCUGUGACAAGCUGAUCCACCUCUACACCUUCCACUGCACAUUCACUGAACCACUCUACCCUGGGUUUGGGUUCUUGUUUGGUUUUAGAGUCUAUCCAGGUUUCUCAGUGUCUCUGUGUCCAAUGUAGAAGCUCCAAGACGUUCACACUAUCAUCAGCCAUGCAUGGAAAAAUGCAGCCCUCUCAUUCAUUUCAAAGGGUUCAGGAUUAACUUUCAUUGCAGCAUGACAUGAUAUGAUCAAGUAAAACAUUUUUUCUGACCAAUCAAAAAAAAAAGUUCCUGAUUAAUUAUUUUAUAACUUGAACAGCAUUUUUCUACCGUUUACCUCACAAUUGUUGAGAAACAAGAUAAAAUAGUUCUCACUGCGACAACUUUUCAGAAUGUAAAGUCUUGUCUCUGAAAAUUAUUAACUGGUGUGCAGUGUUUUGGCAUCUGAUAAGUCACCUCUCAUGCUGAUCCACCUCUACACCUUCCACUGCACAUUCACUGAACCUCUCUACCCUGAGUUUGGAUUCUUUUUUGGUUUUAGCGUCUAUCCAGGUUUCUCAGUGUCUCUGUUUUCGAUGUAGAAGCUCCUAUGGUGUAGAGAAACAUUCACACUUCUGUAAAUAGAUCCGUCUGUACAAAUUCUUACACACAUAUAGACACACCAUCCAUCCAUCCAUCCAUCCAUUUUCUGACGCUUAUAUGAAGUCACGUCACGGUGGCAGCAGGUUUAGCAAGGCAGCCCAGACAUCCCUCUCCUUAGCAAUGUUCCAGCUCCUCCUGGGGCAUCCUGAGGCGUUCCCAGGCCAGAUGAGAUAAAUCAUUUCUCCAGCAUGUUCUGGGUCUACCCCGGGUACUCCUACCAGAUGGAUGUGUCCAGAAUGGAAGGCACCCAGGAGGCGUCCUAAUAGAUUCCCAUACCACUUCAACUGGCUCCUUUCAAUGCAAAGGAGCAGCAGCUCUACUCCAAGCUCCCUGCAGAUGUCAGAGCUCCUUAUCGUAUCUUUAAGGCUGAGUCCAGCCACCCCAUGGAGGAAACUCAUUUCAGUCGGUUGUAUCUCAUUUGGGGCAGAAACUCCAUCCUAACCUGAAGGGAGCAAUCCACCGUUUUCCAGCAGAGUACCGUGGCCUCAGACUUGGACAUGCUGACCCUCAUCCUAGCUGUUUCACACAUGGCUACACACUGCCCAAGUGCAUGCUGAAGGUCUCGAUCCAAUUAAGCUAACAGAACCAUGUCAUCUGCAAAUAGCCGAGAUCCAAACUGGACGUUCUCCUCCUCCCGGCUGUGCCAUGAAAUCCUGUCCAUGAAGAUCAGAAACAGGACUGGUGACGCGGGACAGCGCUAGCGGAGGCCAACACUCACCUAAAAUCAUGUUUAACGUCCUGCCGCGAAUAUGGACAUAACUCUAACUUCGGUAAUAUAGGAACCAAAUUGCUCGUAGCAACAGCCCGGAACCCUAUAUUCCUGCAGUUUCCCCCACAAGAUCCCCAACGGACCCGGUCAUAGGCCUUCUGCAAGUCCACAAAGCACAUGUAGACUAGAUGGGCAAACUCCCAUGACCCCUCAAGUAGCCUUGCAAGGGUAAAGAGUUGAUCCAGUGUUCCAUGGCCAGGACGGAAUUCGCAUUGCUCCUCCUGAAUCUGAGGUUCGACGAUUGGUCGGAGCCACCAUUCCAGACCCCUGGAAUAAGCUUUGGCUGAGAGGCUGAGCAGUGUGAUACCAAAAUAAUUUGAGCACAUCCUCCCCCAUUUUAAAAAUGGGAACCACCACCCUGGUAUGCCAGUCCACAGGUACUGUCUUUGCCGUCCCCUUUGCCCUCUCCUCCCCUGCUGAAAACAGCCUGGACCAAACCCUGCUUCCCCUUUAUAAGACACCAGAUGGUUUGCCAGAACUUCCUUUAAGCAAACCAAAAGUCCUGCUGGUACCUGUGUACUGAUUGAGAAGACCCCUUGGCUUGGACAGCCAGGUCCAUAAGGCCUCCUUCUUCAGCUUGACGGCUUCCCCCACCACCAGUGUCCACUAGCAGGUUCUUGGGUUGCUGGCACAACAGGCACUGACAACCUUCUGACCACAACCCCAAACAGCCGCGUCCACAAUGAAUGGAACAUGGCCCACUCAGAUUCCAUGUCCCUUACCCCAGGAUGCGUUCAAAUGAGGUGGGAAUUAAAGAUCUCACGGACAGGGGGCUUUGCCAGUUUGUCAUGAAAACUGCAGUAGUUUUUAUAGUCCCAGGUUAACUUUCAGCACAAUUGAUUCAAUGCUUGUCUAUUUGCAAAUAUGUCCUCCACAAAAUAUCACUGGCUGUAACCUUACUACAGGUUGAAAUAUCUUUCAUUCAGACUUUUGUUUUACUGAUGAACGAGCAUCAUGUUUUGUUUCAUAUAAGAACAGGCUUUAUAGGCUGUCGUGUUGACUUUGAUAUACUGGUAAAACUGCUCAUGUAUAAGCCUUUGAAUGGACAUUGUCAUGUCCCUGUCU